GAAAACCCCUUUUGAAUUUUCAAAUUAAAGAAAAAAAUCGAUCAGGUGUUUGAUUUUCCCCUUAACUUUGAAUAUUUGAAAACCAAAACGUUCCGAUUCUUGUCCAGUUCGUGUAUCGGAUCUGUAGCUCGUAGCUCGAACAGGGAAUAUAUAUAUAUCCCCAAGCAAUCGCCGCCGCCGCCGCCGUUGCCGUCAGUGUCACCGCCGGUCGGAGCAAAAUUUCCGGCGUAGUACCCGGAAUGGUAUUCCGAACUCAUCUGGUUGUAGCUCAUUGAUCGAAGCACAUUUAUCUGAGGAUUUGCCUACAUGUCUCUCUUGAGUAGAUUCUUCUACAAGAGGCCACCGGAUGGCUUGCUUGAGUUUGCUGAUAGAGUUUAUGUGUUUGAUUCAUGUUUUUGCACCGAGGUCUUACCGGAUGGAUUAUACCAAAUAUACUUGCAUGAGAUAAUCAAUGAUUUACAUGAAGAAUUUCCGGAGUCCUCCUUCCUAGCGUUCAAUUUCCGGGAGGGGGAGAAAAGAAGCCUGUUAGCGGAAAUCCUCUGUGAAUAUGAUGUCACUGUUCUGGAAUAUCCACGGCAGUAUGAGGGUUGCCCUUUGCUCCCGUUAUCACUGAUCCAGCAUUUUCUUCGGGUUUGUGAGAGUUGGCUUGCUCGUGGGAAUCGCCAGGAUGUGAUUCUUCUUCAUUGUGAGAGAGGAGGGUGGCCUCUUUUGGCUUUUGUUCUGGCUAGCUUACUGGUUUUCAGAAAAGCUCACAGCGGUGAACGUAGAACGCUUGAAAUUGUUCAUCGAGAAGCUCCUAAGGGUCUUUUGCAGCUGCUCUCACCUUUGAAUCCGUUCCCUUCUCAACUUCGUUAUCUUCAAUAUGUAGCAAGAAGAAACAUAUCUCCUGAGUGGCCUCCUCCUGAAAGAGCUCUUUCUUUGGACUGCGUGAUUCUCCGAGCUGUCCCAAGCUUUGAUCCGCAACAAGGGUGCAGGCCAGUUAUCCGUAUUUUCGGAAGGAAUUCUCAAAGUACAUCUGGCCUUUCUACCGAGCUGCUGUAUUCCAUGUCCAAGAAGAAAAAAGCCCUUAGGCAUUACCGGCAAGCUGAAUGUGACGUGAUCAAAAUUGACCUCCAGUGUUGGGUUCAAGGUGAUGUUGUGCUGGAGUGUGUCCAUUUGGAUUUAGAUCCCGAGCGAGAGGUUAUGAUGUUUCGUGUGAUGUUCAGUACUGCGUUUAUCAGGUCCAACAUAUUAGUGCUAAACUCAGAUAAUUUGGAUAUUCUUUGGGAGGCAAAGGACUGUUAUCCAAAAGGAUUUCGAGCAGAGGUUUUAUUUGGAGAUGCUGAGAAUGUCUCACCUCAGAAAGCUCCAACUCCUAUUGUAAAUGGCGAUGAGACUGGUGGAUUGCCCAUGGAAGCCUUUUCUCGGGUUCAAGAGCUUUUCAGUGGUGUGGAUUGGGCUGAUAGCAAUGAUGAUACUGCCUUGUGGUUGCUGAAACAACUUUCUGUCAUAAGUGAUGCAAAAGAAUUUACAAGAUUUCGACACAAGGGGAGUUUCUAUCUGAAUUCUCCUGCUGAUUCUGAAGAGGAAACCAAUACAUCUAGUGCUGCUGAUAGUUCAGAUGAAGGAUAUGAUGUCGUUCAGCGACCUACUAUUCCAAUAUCUUUUGAAACUGAUGAGCCAAAUGAUAUAAACUUUCCUCCUGAAUCACCUGAAGAAACUCAUGGAUUCACUCUUCAUCAGCAGCGAGAGACAUUGGAUUCUUCAACUCCAGUGCCCUCCAUUGCUCACAUCGCAGCUCCACCUCCACCUCCGCCUCCGCCUCCGCCUCCAGUUUCAAAUUCCAUUACGAGAGGAGAGCCAUUAGAUUCUGCUUCAUCACCAAUGUCCCCACCACCGCCGCCUCCACCUCCUCCUCCAUCUUAUAACUCUUCCAGUACUCCAACAACAGUUCCUCCUCCUCCACCCCCGCCUCCGCCUCUGUUUGCCACUGAUAAAGUUAUUGCCACAUUACCAUCUUCUACGAAUGGGGCUCCUCCACCAAGACCACCGCCACCCCCUCCUCUACCCAGUUUUGGCAAUAGAGAUUCUGUGACGACAUCACAUUUAUCUAUGAACAGAAUUCCACCACCGCCACCACCUCCUCCACCUUCUGCCUCCAGCAAUAGAGCUCCACCACCGCCCCCCGGAGGAAACAAACUUCAGGCCCAACCACCUCCUCCGCCACCUCCUCCCCCACUUCUGGGCCGUCCAUCUCCAUCCGUUGGAGGGGCACCACCUCCUCCGCCACCUCCUCCACCACUUCUGGGUCGGCCAUCUCCAUCUGCUGGAGUUGCGCCGCCGCCGCCACCACCACCCCCACCAUCUGCAUCUCAUUCUGGUCAAGCACGUGUUAGCCCUCCUUCAGCACCUCCACCCCCACCUCCACCUCCAAGGGCUAAUAUUUCGAGUGCACCAAAGCCACCACCACCACCUCCUCCUCUGCUUGCUUCUGGACCCAAAAGGCCUGGUGCACCUCCUCCACCCCCACCACCAGUAUCCAAGGCCCCUUCUCCUCCUCCUCCACCGGGGUCGGGUCGUGGUACAGUGAGUGGUCCUCCACCACCACCUGGAGGGAAAGGUUCAAGUGCACCUCCACCCCCACCUCUUGCAGGAAGGGGUAGAGCUUCUGCGGGACUUGGAAGAGGUCGUGGUGCGAGUGCUCCAGCUACUGCACCUAAGAAAACUAUGCUGAAGCCUUUGCAUUGGGUCAAAGUUACUCGAGCUGCACAAGGUAGUCUCUGGGAUGAUACUCAGAAGCAAGAAGAUCAAUCACGGGCCCCUGAAAUAGACAUAUCGGAGCUUGAGAGUCUUUUUUCUGCAGCUUCUGUAGAUACUGCUUCUAACAAAACUGCAGGUCGCCGAAGUUCUAGUAUCAGCAAACCUGAGAAAGUUCAACUGGUGGACCUGCGGAGAGCAUAUAACUGUGAGAUAAUGCUUACAAAAAUAAAGAUCCCUCUACCAGAUAUGAUUAGCGCAGUUCUAGUUUUGGAUUCUUCAGCUCUAGAUAUCGACCAGGUUGAAAAUCUCAUCAAAUUUUGCCCAACAAAGGAAGAAAUGGAAGUGCUGAGGAAUUAUACUGGUAACAAGGAAAUGCUUGGGAAGUGUGAACAGUUCUUCAUGGAACUAAUGAAGGUUCCACGUGUAGAAGCCAAGUUACGAGUAUUUGGCUUUAAGAUUACCUUUGCUGCACAGGUGGAAGAUUUAAAAAGCAACCUCAAUACUAUCAAUGCUGCUACUAAAGAGGUCAAAGAGUCUGCAAAGUUGCGUCAGAUUAUGCAAACAAUUUUAACACUGGGGAACGCUCUGAAUCAGGGAACCGCAAGAGGUUCUGCUGUUGGGUUCAAACUGGAUAGUCUACUUAAAUUAUCUGAUACUCGUGCAAGAAACAACAAGAUGACCUUGAUGCAUUAUUUGUGCAAGCUUCUCGCUGAAAAAAUGCCCAACCUGCUGGAUUUUGCAAAGGACCUUGUUCAUUUGGAAUCUGCCUCAAAGAUUCAAUUGAAGACAUUGGCUGAAGAAAUGCAAGCGGUGAGUAAAGGCCUUGAAAAGGUUGAUCAAGAACUCAUGGCUUCAGAAAAUGAUGGUGCAAUUUCUGUCGGCUUUAGGAAGGUAUUGAAGAACUUUCUUGAUACUGCUGAAGCUGAAGUGAGGUCGCUUAUCUCCUUGUAUACGGAAGUGGGAAGAAAUGCGGAUUCAUUGUCCCGGUAUUUUGGGGAGGAUCCAGCUCGUUGCCCUUUCGAGCAAGUGACACAGAUUCUGGCUGUUUUCAUGAAAACCUUUAACAAAUCUCGAGAAGAGAACGAAAGACAAGCAGAGGCCGAGAAGAAGAAGCUCGAGAAGGAAGCCAUGAAAGAGAAAACAGCCGCAAAGAAAGAGGCUGUCGACAGUGAAAUCAAGGGUAAGAUCCAUAUCCAGAGACCUAAGCCAUGAGAGAAAACCUCUAAAGAGCUCAAGGGCUUUAGGGUUUCGGAUCGUUUCUUGGGACUGAAGCUACUUAAAUGUAUAGGUUUACACAUAAUGAAUACUGAAGAGAUCUUUCCAUAGAUUUGUCAGAAAGCUUAAUCCUUUUAGGGUUCUUGGAGAUGUAAGAGAAUAUGAAUGAUCUCUUUGUAUCAUGCUGCUUUAUCAGUUGUCCUCAUAGUUUUGUCUU